UUAGAUCGAGUUUAUGAUAAAGAACAGAAAACAAAAGUGAUAUUCGACGAGUUGAUCAGUCCUAUAAUGCAAGACAUUAUGAGUGGAAUCAAUGGAACAAUAUUUGCCUAUGGACAGACAUCAUCUGGUAAGACUUAUACAAUGAUGGGUGAUGAGACUUCGCCGGGAAUUAUUUCCAUGUGCAUCAAAUCAAUCUACAACAAAAUUGAAAAUACACCUUCCAGGGCCUAUUUUGUCAGGGUUUCCUACGUCGAACUCUACAAUGAAAAUAUCGUUGACCUGCUGAGUGACUCCAAAAAAGUUCUGGCGCUUGGAGAGAACUUUGAAGGUGAUGUAAUUGUGAAGGAGCUGAAGGAAGAGCUGGUUCAGAACUGUGAUGAUUGUAUGGAGCUGUUGAAGAGAGGGGAGAAAGAGCGUCAUUAUGGCUCAACGAACAUGAAUGAAAAAAGCAGUAGGUCUCAUGUAUUCUUUAGAGUGAUUAUUGAAAGCAGAGAUAGAGAUGAGACAGAAGGAGAUGCCGCGUUUUUCGUAUCGCAAUUGUAUCUCAUUGAUUUGGCUGGAUCGGAGAAGUUGAAGCAGACGGGCAAUGUAGGUCAAAGGGCAACUGAGGGAGGGUUCAUCAACAAGAGUCUCCUGACACUUUCCCAGGUCAUCUCACAACUGUCUUCAAACUCCAGGUUCAUAUGUCUUGGCUUUUUUGUCAGCUAUAGAGACAGCAAGUUGACUCGCAUCCUUCAAAACUCUUUGGGAGGUAACAGCAAGACAGUCUUCAUAUGCACUGUCACUCCUGUAGCUGCUGACGAAACUCUGUCAACCCUUAGGUUUGCAACAAAAGUGAAAUGCAUAAAGAACAGACCAGUCAUAAAUGAG